AUGUGUGCUCAUGAUACAGGAUUUUACAAAAGUAUAACAACUGCAAAGCAUUCCUUCAUUCCUCCAACUCCCCUCUCUCUCUCUCUCUCUCUCUAUCUAUCUAUCUAUCUAUCUAUCUUUUUGGCGAAACAUUCUUUAGACAAAGAUGCCGGAUUCGCAAACGAAUUAUUAUCUCGGGUGGGUAAAAGGAUUCUCACUCUUUCACACUCUAUCUCCCACUUUCUCUCUCUCUUCCUCUUUCUCUCACUUUCUCUCUCUCUCUCUCUCUCUCUCUCUCUCUCUCUCUCUGUGUUUCUAUCUCCUUCCUUUAUGAUUCAAUCUCCUACUACCGCUCCUUUCUCCUCACACCCUCGGUUCUAUUCUUUUGUAUCGCUUGAUUUUCUCUUUCGCCACCAUCUUUCAAAAACAUUAUUCUCUUUCCUGCUUUUUUUUCUUUUGGUUUCCUUUUCCAGUUCUUUCUACUGUUUCUUCUUCUUCUUCUUCUUCUUCUUCUUCUUCUUCUUCUUCUUCUUCUUCUUCUUCUUCUAUUUCAUGCCACAUUAG